AUGAGACGCAUCCAAAAGGAAUACCAAUCCCUGCGCGAUGACCCCGUAGAAGGCUGUACCGCUCGUCCAAUCGACCCAUCCAAUCUCUUCUCAUGGCAAGCCACAAUCCAAGGCCCACCCGAAACACCUUACGAAUCUGGCACCUUCCACCUCACCAUAGAGUUCCCAGAGACGUACCCGCUCCACCCACCCACCGUGACCUUCACAACCAGAGUCUAUCACCCAAACAUCGAUAGCGACGACGGAUACAUAUGUGUCAAUAUCCUACGACAGGACUGGUGUCCUGCGUUGACGAUUCCAAAGAUACUACUGAGUCUGCGAUCGUUUCUGGAUAGUCCGGAUGCGGAGGAUGCGUACUAUCCGAGCAUAGGGAAGGAGUAUAUGGAGAGAAGGGAUGUUUUUGAUCAGCAGGCUAGGAGAUUCACGGAGGAGUUCGCGAGGAGUGGAGGGUAG